AUGACCGGCGGCAGCGGCGGGCGAGGAGAACACGAGUCCGACCGAGACGCAUCGACGGCCUUGCCCGUCCCGGGACCCUGCGCCUCGACGCACCGCGCGCUCGCCGAGUGCCACCGCCGCGCCGCCCGCGGGCCGCUGCGGCCGGAGGUGCUGUGCCGGCACCUGAACCGCGCGCUGGCGGAGUGCGUCGUGACCGCGUGCUGCCCCGACGAGACCGACGCCGUCCGCACCCUCUGCGGCAGCGCCGGCACCGCGCUCAAGCGUGAGCAGUGCCAGCGGGCGCGCAUCGACCUCGCCCUCUGCCUCGAGGCGCAUCAAGAGCCCUAA